GAAUAUUUUCAUUUUCCUGAAUUUCUUGAGAAAAAAGAUACCGAGAGCUCAAAAGGUGAAGUGGGAUUCAUUCUCAUCCAAGGCACCACAAUUUUGAAUCUCUCCUCUCUCAUUCUCUUAGAUCGGAUAUCACCAUGACUAAACAGCAAGCAAAUUGGUCUCCUUACGACAACAAUGGAGGUACAUGUGUUGCGAUUGCAGGAACUGAUUACUGCGUGGUUGCCGCCGACACUCGAAUGUCCUCUGGUUACAACAUUCUCACUCGCGAUUACUCCAAAAUUAAUCAACUGGCGGACAAAUCCGUGCUGGCCUCGUCAGGUUUUCAGGCUGAUGUGAGAGCUCUACAAAAAGUCUUGGCAGCUAAGCACUUGCAAUAUCAGCAUCAGCAUAACAAGCAAAUGAGCUGUCCUGCAAUGGCACAGCUGCUCUCUAAUACCCUGUACUACAAACGUUUCUUUCCAUACUACGCAUUCAAUGUUUUGGGUGGUCUUGACAACGAAGGAAAGGGCUGUGUCUUCACGUAUGAUGCUGUUGGAUCUUAUGAGAGGGUUGGAUACAGUUCUCAGGGUUCUGGUUCUACACUUAUCACGCCCUUUUUGGACAACCAACUGAAGUCCCCAAGCCCUCUCUUAUUACCUGCCAGGGAUGCUGUUACUCCACUUUCAGAGUUAGAAGCCAUUGACUUGGUGAAAACCUGUUUUGCGUCUGCAACAGAAAGGGAUAUAUAUACUGGAGACAAAUUGGAAAUUCUCAUUUUGAAUGCAAGUGGUAUACGUCGGGAAUACAUGGAGCUUAGGAAAGAUUGAGUCCUGUCCCCUGUUUCUUUGCUGCUGCUCUUGCUGAAUUGGGGGACUUAUGCUCGGCAUGGCUGUAGAGGGUAGUUGCCAGAUGAUUCUUAUGUUCUACUGGCAUGUCGCUUAUUUAACUCCCGGACUAGCAGUCUGCAUCCUUUAAUGAAAAUGUCGUGACAUGACUUUUUUUCUGGGGACUUGCAUUUCUUUAUUUGAACAAUCACCUAUAGCUUGUGUUUGAAUCUUCGAUCAUGUUUACAUGUAGUGACUGUGUUGAAUGGCAUUUCUUGAAAUACAUGAGCAAGCUUUGAAA